CCUGCAGACGAGAUUCAAUCACCAGCUUUACUUUGACCACAUAAGGCGGCACGAGCGGCCCCCAUAGCGGGCGGUACCAGGGAGAAGUUCCGGGGGGCUGUGAUUACUCCUGAUUGGUUGCGCUGCGUUGUGAUUGACAGGUCGCCCUUCUCCGGCUCUGCUCUAAGCUCUCCGGUUGUUGACACUCUCCAAAAAAGUCCGCACGGCUCUCACGGAUAACGGAGACGUUAUUCCAGCUCGUCCCCGGAUCCUCUCCCGCUGCUCCUCGAGGACGGACUCAACCAGCCGGGACCGUCAGCGUGGAUUUGCUUUUCUGUCUGUGUUUUUGAACUUUUUCUUGCCUCCUUCUGCUAAAGAAAAAAAAGAAAAAAAAAAGAAAAGAAAGGUUCGUGACGCCGUCCCGUUUCCUCUCCUUCCUCCGAGAGAAGCGAGAGAAAUGGCAGAGAAGCGGCGGUCCCCGUGCGCAAUGAGCGUCAAGGCGCACGCAUUCUCGGUGGAGGCGCUGAUCGGCGCGGAGAAGAGACGCAGGACGUCCGGAGAGGAUGCGGCGUCCCCCGGCUACGAGGACGGAACUGAUGUGUCUGAUCUCACCGGGAGCCCGGGGCCGCGGGCCGACAGAGCGUGCACCAGCGACCGGGGCAGCGAGGCGGAGUGUGCAAGCGACGGAUCCCCAGAGAGCGAGGACGCGCUGCUGGAGAGCCCGCAGCCCGCAGCUGUGUGCGCGGCGCCGGUGACCGGCACCGGGGAGGAGACCCGCGUGGACCUGCAGGGAUCAGACCUGUGGAAACGGUUCCACGAGAUUGGCACGGAGAUGAUUAUUACAAAGGCUGGACGGCGGAUGUUUCCCGCCAUGCGCGUCAAGAUUACGGGUUUGGACCCACAUCAGCAGUAUUACAUCGCCAUGGAUAUAAUCCCCGUGGACAACAAACGAUACAGGUACGUGUACCACAGCUCCAAGUGGAUGGUCGCGGGGAACGCGGACUCUCCUGUGCCGCCCAGAGUGUACAUCCACCCGGACUCCCCGGCCUCAGGUGAGACGUGGAUGCGUCAGGUGGUCAGCUUCGACAAACUGAAGCUGACCAACAACGAGCUGGACGACCAGGGACAUAUCAUUCUGCACUCCAUGCACAAAUACCAGCCGCGUGUCCAUGUGAUCCGUAAGGAGUGCGGAGAGGAGUUAUCCCCGGUGAAAGCAGUCCCGGCUGGGGAAGGCACCCGCACCUUCUCCUUCCCGGAGACCGUGUUCACCACCGUCACCGCCUAUCAGAACCAACAGAUUACAAGGCUGAAAAUUGACAGAAAUCCAUUUGCCAAAGGCUUCAGAGACUCUGGCAGAAACCGGAUGGGCCUGGAGGCUUUGGUGGAGUCCUACGCAUUCUGGCGUCCAUCUCUGCGAACGCUCACAUUUGAGGACAUCCCCGGCAUGGCCAAGCAAGGGGUCCCAGGAGCACAUGGAGGGGUCGGAGCCUCGCCUCAUCUUCUCUCCACGUCUCCGUGCUCCUCACCUUUCCAGGUUUGCACUCUCAGCCCGCCUGAUUACACCUGCAGCCGACCGACGCACCCUCUCCACCGUUACGGCAACCCGCCGGAGCCGUUCCCCCCUCCCAGAGGUCCGUCCAUGUACGAGAGCGAAGGACUCUGUUCCCUGCCUCUCCCUGGUUCUCAGCUCGGCUAUCUAUCCAACCCCACUCCGCAGGGUUACGCCGGGCUUCGCCUCCACACGCCACCCUACAGCCUGUACGGUUACACAUUCCCUCCCUCGCCACGCCUCGCUGCCAGCCCCGAUAAAAUGGCCGCCGCUGCCACUGCCAAUCACCCGAGUCCCUUCCUUGGCUCCUCUCCCAGUGGGACUCUAACGGACAGUCUGGGUGUGCUCAGCGGAGGACAGCAGGGCUUCUUGUUUGACUCUCGGACUUUAGGACUGGCAGGUAGCCAGACGGGAGGCGGUGCCUCGCAGGUCACUGCCCACAUGGGCUGAAAUUCACUCCAGACAUCUAGGGCUGUCACGAAGACAAAAUGACACCCUGGAAUGGGUGUAAGUUGCUUUUGGUUCAGAAGGCUCUGCAAGUUAAUCCUCCAUGUGCUGAACAAGCGACAGGCUGAACUGUGGACAAACAGAGAGGAGUGACUGAUCCAGACAUUGUCUCAGAGCUGUCGAAGCUUCUUUAACUGAAGGGAAUAUUUUACCAAGUUCUUAUCUUUCAAGUAUGUUCUCUCGGACAUGCAUGCGCAGCUGCAGCGGUCAUAUAAGGGGAAAAACGUCCCGCGGCUUUUGGAUACGAAGUCCAAACGAUGUUACCCAGUGACAGAACUGGAACUGAAUACGGAUUGGGCAGAAACUGGGCUGGCCCAGGCACUCAAAGCAAGCACUUCAAUCCCUGGCAGGAGGCCCCGAAACAGAAACUAAUUAGCGUUACACAUCAUCCUACAUUGCCUACUUUGGAUGGAGUUACUCAAUACUACUUUUAAAUUUGUUCUUAUGGGAUAUAUCGACUAAAUUCUAUCAAUUAAAUACUUUGUCUUUAGAUGCCUGGCGGUGUUCUCCAUCGAGUCUUUGGAGUAACAGACAUGUAGCUGAAGUCCAUGUAGUAAAAUGCACUACAGACGGGGCCUUUUCACCACUAAGACUUUAAAAAAAAGAAACUCUCACACACGACACCAGGAGCCUGUCACGUAUUCACACGAUGACAUCGCGGCCAUGAUGAGGGACGUGUCCCAGUGACAGUUAUGGACUGGCGAGGUUGGAAGCUGCGGGAGGAUGACGGAUGACGGACUGAUACUACGUCUGGUUUGACAGACGUCGGGCUGAAGAACAUCUUGUGUGACACAGACAUGACUGCACAUGAUGACUCUGUAUAUAGCAGAGGGGAAGGGAUGCGGGAUGUGUAUAUAAAGGGCUGAGUGACCCUUCGCACUUACAAAAAGAAAAAAAAAAAAAAAACCUAAUGCACCUGCUUCUGCUCUUUAGACUGGGUCAGGUACGCAACGGCCGACCCUGAACUUGACCGAAAAAAGCUUUGCAACACGCGCUAUAUCAGCAGCAGCACGCCCUGUUUGGCCCGAGGACAUUUAACAUGUUCUGUGACCUUUUUUGUUG